AUGUUCGCCAAGCUGUUCGGGGCGAAGAAGUCGGGCGCCUCGCCGCCCCCGCCGCCGCCGCCCUCCUCCGGCGGCGGUGGCUCGGGGGACAAGAAGACGAGGAACCUGAUCUCCGAGAUCCAGCGCCUAGAUGAGCAGAUCGAGCUCAUGGAGAAGCGGAAUACCUACCUAGAAAAGUGCAUUGAUGAGGAGAAGGCGAAGGCGAAGAAGCAUCUUGCGGAGGGCACCAAGACGGGCAAGAGCCGGGCGCUGAUGUCGUUGAAGAAGUGCAAGAUGUUCGAGGAGCAGAUGUCGAAGAACAUAAGCAAGUGGGAGAACUUCCUGCGCCUGAAGGGGGACCUGGAGACGACCAACACGACCAGCGAGUACUUCCAGACGAUGAAGGGCGCGACCGCGGCGCAGAAGGCGGCGCUCAGCAACGUCAAGAUCGACGAGGUCGAGCAGGUCCAGGAGGAUAUCAGGGACGCCCAGGACAAGAAGCAGGAGAUCGACGACCUCCUCGGGCAGCCCAUGGGCGUCGACGACGACGACGAGCUGCUCGCCGAGCUCGAGACGGAGAUGGAGGCGGAGCAGCAGGAGAAGGAGGUGCUGGAGGGUCUGGACACCGCGGCGCUGCCGGAGAUCCCUGCGGGGGUGCCGCAGACGAAGCAGCCGGCCAAGGUGCAGGACGCGGACGAGGAGCUCGCGGCGCUGUCGAGGGAGAUGGGGAUCACGUCGUGA